AUGUCACUCAAUAUCACCUCCCUCUUCGACGUUCAAGGCCGCGUGGCCGUAGUGACCGGCGGUAGUAGCGGCUUGGGGUUCAUGAUUUGCCGUGGCUUAGUGACCAACGGAGCAAAAGUAUACCUAGUUGCUCUUCCCAGUGACCCCAUCGACGCUAAAGUAGUCGAGCUCAAUGCACUGGGGCAGAAAAGUGGAGGGAAAGCCGAAGGAAUUUCCUGUGACAUAUCCUCCAAAGAUGCUAUCGAUAAUCUUGUAGCUCAAGUCUCCAAACACGAAACCCACCUGGACAUGCUCAUCUCCAAUGCCGGCAUCCGCCGCGAUCCACCAAUCUCUUGUAACGUCCUAACCGCCAGCUUAACACAGUUGCAGCAGUCAAUGCAGUCUUCUCGCCCCACCGACUGGGAGGAUACAUUCCGCACAAACACAACAGCGCAUUACUUCCUCUCCGUCGCAUUCCUGCCUCUCCUAGCUGCCGCAUCCGAGAAGACCAUGCCCGACGGAAAAUCAGGCAAGGACCAUGGACGUGGCGUCGUUCUGCUCACCAGCUCCUGCGCGAGCAUGCACAACGUGACAAACGUCGAUCUCACAAGCUAUGCGACCAGCAAGGCAGCAACAGACCACUUGGUCCGGUUGCUAGCGGCGAAAUUUAGUCGGUUUUAUGUGCGGGUGGUGGGAAUCAACCCUGGUUUCGUACCGAGUCAAAUGAAUCCGGUCGGUCAAGCAGGAAACAUCUUUCGAGGUCUAUUUGACCAGGUUCCGGCUAGACGAGCAGGAGAAGAUGGCGAUAUUGCCGGGACGGUAUUGUAUCUUGUUAGUCGGGCGGGUGCAUAUGUGGAUGGAAUUUCUCUGUGUGUUGAUGGAGGACGGAUUCUGUUGGCGAACGGACAGCAGUGA